CAUUCAGACUUGAUGCUGAGUGGUGCACAACAAGUGCUGAAGUCCGGCUCAGACUGUGAACUCCUCCAUCAGGACCAGGACGGAGGACCGGAGGAACUACUUUAUGGACUCGUUUAUGUUGUCUUUCAGGACUCCGGUGUUUGUUGCAGCACAUGUCUGUAAAAGAGACAGAUAACACGGGCUUGUUACGCUUAGUUCAACGCUAUAAAACAAAUAAAAAUGAGCCCGCUUUUGUUUCUUUUGCUCCUCUGUCUGCGGACCGCGGAGCUCCGUCACGUCCGCGGAGCCGCUCUGGAGACGCGGCGGGCGGAGGACGCAGGACCGGCGGCUGCGGGGUCACCGGAGUCCUCCUCCCCGGGCAGAGCGCCUCUUGACCGGGCCGAGAGCUCACAGCGAGUCGCCCGAGGGGCCAAAGACGGGACUUUCAGGAGAGGAGACCCCGACUCUCCGAGCGGGCACGCGCCUCCAAGACGGCGCGACGACCCGAGCGGUUACUUCACGAGCACGCCGCGGGUACCCGCCUCCCCCCGGCCGGGGAACGGCUCGUCCCGGUCGGGGCUCCUCAGCCCGCUGUUCCCAGUAACCGACGGCUCCUACUGGGCGUACGCGAUCAUGCUGCUGGCGCUCGUGCUGUUCGCCGCGGGCAUCGUGGGCAACCUCGCGCUCAUGUGCACCGUGUGGCACAACUUCUACCUGAAGAGCGCGUGGAACUGCAUCCUGGCGGGGCUCGCGCUCUGCGACUUCCUCGUGCUGUUCUUCUGCCUGCCCGUGGUCGUGUUCCACGAGCUCACCCUGAAGAGGUUGCUAGGAGACCUGUCGUGCCGGCUCGUGCCCUAUGUGGAGGUGACCUCUCUGGGCGUGGCCACGUUCAGCCUCUGCGCUCUGAGCAUCGAUCGCUUCCACGCGGCCGCGGCGCCCGCCGGCCCCUCCCGGGCGCCGCAGGCGGAGCCCUGCCGGUCCAUCCUGUCCAAGCUGUCCGUCAUCUGGGUGGGCUCCAUGGUGCUGGCCGCCCCCGAGCUGCUGCUGUGGCAGCUCCUCCGGCGCGGCGCCGGCCCGUCGAGGCGGCCGGGCGACUCCUUCGCGGCGGACGUGUGCGUCCGCGAGCCGUCCGCCGCGCUCCCCGAGGCCGUGUACCCGCUGGUGCUCACCUACCACGAGGCGCGCGCCUGGUGGAUGUUCGGCUGCUACAUCUGUCUGCCGCUGCUCUUCACUCUGGCCUGCGACCUGGUGACGAGGCAAGUGUCGGCCCAGCGGCCCGCCGGCAAGGCGACCGGCCGGUGCUCCAGCUCUUCGUCCUGCUCCUCCUCCUCGAUGAAGAAGACGAAGCGGCACACGAGAGAGCGCCGGCUGCGCUCCACCGUGACGGCGCUCACCGGCCUGUACGUCCUGUGCAGCCUGCCGGAGAGCGUCUGCAACAUCGCGCUGGCCUACGUCUCGGCCGCCCUGCCGCCGGCGGCGUUGCCGGCGCUGAGUCUCGCCGGGCAGUUCCUGCUGUUCGCGCGUUGCUCGGCGACGCCGGUGCUGCUGCUGUGCCUGUGCCGCUCGCUGGGCCAGGCCUUCGUGGACUGCUGCUGCUGCUGCUGCGAGGAGUGCCUCCCCGGCGGCAACGCCUCGUCCUCCGCCUCGUCGGCGUCCGCCUCCACCGCCGCCUCCAACGUGUCCUCGCCCACGUCUCCGUACCCAACCGCCCCGUCUCCCUCCGAGACGACGAAGCGCCUGUUGGCGCCGGAAGGCUCUGCGGCGGCCAUCGGGACCCCCUGCUGAGGCCCAGAACGGCACCCACCCUCCUUUCACUUGAUCCCAACUCGUAUGUGUGUCGUUGUCUCUCUCAUCUCUUAUCAGUUGUAAUAACAGUCAGUGCGUUUACAUGAUGGUAUAAUUCGAAUCUUGCUUUAGUCGGACUAUGCUAUCUUUUGGGGGAUCUGCUGUUAUCCCAAUAUACAUGCAGUGAGUCAUUCGAAUCAUUGGCCUUUGAAAGCAUGUCAUAUCCGAUACGAUAGGUGGCGCUGUUUUCAUUACAACUCAUUCGAGAAAGAUGGCGAACAGAGAGCAAGGCGAAGCUACAUCCCUCUAUGAUGUUAAUAGUGACAUUAGCGUCUCUUUCGACUCUUUUG